AUGGAUCAGUUAAAACCGCCGUCGCACUUAAGUUUUGAAAGGAAUUUAGCUGAAAAUUGGAAAGAGUGGCUGCAAGGAUUUCGCCUAUACUUGGUAGCCUCGGGGAUCGACGAAAAGGCGGGAAAAGUGAAGGUUGCUACCUUUUUACAUGUUGCUGGUGUCGAAGCGAGACGUAUUUACAACACAUUCAACAUUCCUGAGGAGGAUGCUGAAAAACUAGAGGUAGUGUUCAAAAACUUUCAAGACUACGUUGAACCACGUAAGAACUUAACGUAUGUACGCCAUUUAUUUUUCACACGAAAUCAAGAAAGUCAUGAAACAAUCGAUAAUUAUGUCACUGACUUAAAAAACAAAGCCAUACAAUGCGAGUUUGGUGAUUUGAAAGACUCGUUGAUUAAAGACAGGAUAGUGUGUGGUAUUUCGAGUGAAGCACGCAGAGCCAGGCUACUACGGGAAGCAGAUUUAUCAUUAACUAAGUGUUUAGACAUUUGCCGUGCUUCUGAAGUUUCCGAACAGCAAUUGAAAAGUUUACACAAAGAACCAUCAACUGCUGUAGCUGCUCAUGUUGUAACUAGAAAACCUGAAAAACUACAGAACCGCGGUAGUACCAGAAAACAAACAGCUCACGUUCACUCAAACACUAACAAACUGAAUGCGUGUAGUAAGUGUGGAAAACAACAUGAGAAAGGGAAAUGUUUUGCGUACAACAAGAAUUGUUACAAAUGCAAAGGCCAUAACCAUUUUGCAAAAUACUGUAAUAAGACACCAAAAUCUGUGCAUUACGUGGAAGAGGAAUCACAUGACCUAUACUUGGGCAUAGUGAAUGUGGACACUAUUCAGGAAGAGGUACCAUGGACGGAGACAGUGAACAUUAACAAAGUACCGGUUACAUUCAAGCUGGACACAGGAGCUCAGGCGAAUAUAAUACCAAGGAAUGUGUUCAAAGAACUACACAUCUCUCCGAAGCAUUUACGAAAAGUAAAAGUGAACCUGUACACUUACAAUGGUGAAGUCAUGAACCCAGAUGGGAAGAUUGAUAUCAGAUGCCGAAUCCGUAAAGUGGAACGUACACUUCCGUUUUACAUCACUGCAAAAGGAAGUACACCGAUACUUGGCAAAGAAUCAUGUGCACGCCUAGGAUUAAUCCAACACAUACCAGCAGAUUCCAUAGAAAGUGCGGAUGUUUGUGUAACAAAGGACAAACUACUGCAACAGUAUCAGGAUGUUUUCAAUGGACUAGGACAUCUACCAGGAAAAUAUCACAUUGAAAUUGAUCCGAAUUCAACGCCAGUGAUACACCCACCAAGGAAAGUGCCGGCAGCGUUACACAGUUCUGUACGUGAUGAACUUCAACGCAUGGAAAAAUUGGGCGUGAUCGCAAAACAGGAUGGUCCUACGGAUUGGGUUCACAGUAUGGUAACAGUACGGAAACCAGGGAAAAUUCGUAUAUGCUUGGAUCCAAAAGACUUGAAUCCGCACAUAAAGCGAGAACAUUACCACUUAGUAACUGUGGAGGAAAUCAUUGAACGACUACCAAAUGCUAAAGUGUUCUCAAGAUUUGAUGCUACGCAUGGUUUUUGGCAUAUUGAACUAGACGAAGCAAGUUCAAAGGCACUCACUUUUAACACACCAUUUGGUAGAUACCGAUAUCUACGACUUCCGUUUGGAAUAACUUCAGCGUCAGAAGUGUUCUCGAAACGAUUACAGGAGUUUUUUAAAGACUUACCUGGUGUUGAGUGUCUAGUAGACGAUAUCCUUGUUCAUGGAGAAAACGUCUCGGAGCAUGAUGAAAAUCUCGUUCGUAUGCUGGAGCGAUGUCGUCAAAUUGGGCUCAAGCUCAAUAAGGAUAAAGUAGAACUCAGAGUACCUGAAGUGAAAUACGUUGGUCACGUCAUAAGGAGAGAUGGACUCAAGGUUGAUCCGGAAAAGGUUCGUGCUAUUGUAAACAUGCCAGAACCGACAGAUGUUCAAAGUGUGCGACGAUUUCUUGGACUAGUGCAAUAUGUGUCGAAAUUCAUACCAAACCUAGCAGAGAUUUCUGAACCUCUCCGAUUGCUUACGAAAAGUGACGUUUUGUGGCACUGGGACAAACAGCAAAUUGACAGUUUUGCGAAACUAAAAAACUUAUUAACGCAAGCACCAGUUCUUCGCAUUUAUGAUCUUCAAAAGGAAGUCACCAUUUCUGUGGAUGCAAGUUCCAAAGGAUUGGGUGCAGUAUUAUUGCAGAACGGACAGCCCGUCGCAUACGCUUCACGAGCACUGACAGAGACUCAGCAGAGGUAUGCACAGAUAGAACGAGAGAUGCUCGCAGUUAUCUAUGGAUGUGAAAAAUUUCACCACUACAUCUAUGGACGUUCAGUUACCAUAGAAACAGAUCACAAACCUUUGCUAGCGAUUCAUCGCAAACCACUAUAUCAAGCUACUCAUAGACUACAGAGGAUGCUUAUGCGUUUACAACGUUACGACGUUACUUUAGAAUACGUUCCGGGAAAGGAAAUGUUCAUUUCCGAUGCGUUAAGCAGGGCUUACUUACAAGAGUGUACAGAAUCACUGGUUGAUGAGGACAUAGACAUCAAUUUCAUUGAGCAGGAGCUUCCUAUGACGGAAGGAAAACUUCAGGAGCUGAAGGACGCAACUGAGUCUGAUGAACAGUUUCAGGCAUUGGCCGACAUAGUGCGACUGGGAUGGCCAGAAUCUCGGGUACAAGUUCCAGCAGAUAUAAGAAUAUUUUGGAACUACAGAGAUGAAAUAACAGUUCUAAAUGGUUUACUGUACAAGGGGCCAGCAGUGAUGAUUCCCAAGUUACUACGUCACCAAAUGUUGAGGAAGUUACAUGAAAUUCACCUGGGUAUAGUCAAAACCAAGCAGAGAGCCAGAAAUAUCAUAUUUUGGCCAAACAUGAACUAUGACUUAGAGCAGUUGAUUAAGUCGUGUGGAGUGUGCAACUCAUUUCGCAAAUCAAACACAAAGCAAUCACUCAUACCUCAUGAGAUACCCUCUACUCCUUGGACCAAAGUUGGAGCUGAUAUAUUUCAUUUCAAGGGCAAAGACUAUGUGUUGUUUGUGGACUAUUACUCGAAAUAUCCAGAGAUUAUACCUCUACCAAAUUUGAGAGCAUGUUCCACUAUUGCUGCGUGCAAAACAGUGUUUUCAAGACAAGGCAUACCCUUAGAGCUAUUUACGGACAACGGACCACAAUUCAGUUGUCAUGAAUUCAAACAGUUUGCAUCUGAAUGGGAGUUCACGCACAAAACCUCCAGUCCCCACUAUCCACGUUCAAAUGGUCAAGCGGAACGCUGUAUUCAAACCGUAAAAAACUUACUGAAAAAGGCAGAAGAGAGUAAUGGUGACCCAAAUAUUGCUCUUCUGGAAUACAGAAACUCGCCUAUUGAUGGAGUUGACCUGUCGCCUGCACAGUUAUUGAUGAACAGGACUCUUCGUUCAAAACUACCAACAACCAAAGUGUGGUUGGAACCAAAUUCACUGACGUCUCCACAAUCCAAACUUCAACUUAGGCAGAUGAAACAGAAAUAUUUCCAUGACCGAAAGUGUGCAAAAUUACCGCAUGUUGAGGAUAAAGAAGUUAUCCGUAUACAGAAUCCAGACAAUCGUCAGUAG